AUGAGAAUAGAAUUGGAGGAGGGUGAAGUGAUGGAGGAUGAUGACGAAAAUCCGGUAUGGUCGGAAGACAAUGAAGAUGAUAAUGAGGCUAACCCAAACGCAAGAGGGUCAUAUCGUUCCGGAGAUCAAUUCCUGAGCAGAUGUCCGCUGUGUGGCAUUCACCCUAAAGAAUACGAGAGUGCAGCAACCAGUCAACUCGGAAUGGGCAGCGAGCGGUCCGAUGUGCUAUCUUCUGUGUCGACCGGAUGUUCUCAUGUACAAAAGACGCCAUCUUCUCGUAGACAUAAGAAACGUUCAAAUUUUAUAGCUUCAUCAGAUAUUGUGUUAGGCUUUACGUAUUAG